GUUCAAAAGUCGUCAAACUCUCCUUAUAUACGUUACAGCUACACACCAUGAAGGUGUUUCUUUUACUCGCCGUACUUUUGUGUGCCCACGCGGAGGCCAAAUUAAUAAAGUAUCCAAAGAAUUAUGAAAAAUUAGCGAUUGAAGGCCGUGUAAUUGGUGGCAAGAAUGCCACUUUAGGUCAGGCGCCCUAUCAGGUGUCCUUACAAAGCUGGUACGGUUAUCAUUUCUGUGGCGGCGCCAUAAUCGACAAGAAUUGGAUCUUAACUGCCGCACACUGUCUCGCCAAUAAAUUUGCUGAUAAUAUAAUGGUCGUAACAGGAACCGUCGAAUGGGAGAAACCGAACGCCACUUACUAUGUGACAUCCUUUCAUCUGCACUGUCGUUACAACAAACCGACCAGUCACAAUGACAUCGCAUUGAUACGACUGAACUCAUCUAUUGUAUACAAUGACCGUACGCAACCCGUAGCAUUGCCAACACAACAGAUGAACGAGGGCGAUGAGGUCAAACUGACAGGUUGGGGUUCAACGGAACUGUAUGGAGAUACACCAGAUAAUCUGCAGAUUGUGUCUUUGAAAUAUUUACCACAUAAAAAAUGUAAAGAAAUGCAUAAUAAUGAUCCGGAAUUGGAUGUUGGACAUAUUUGCACAUUUACGAAGGUUGGCGAAGGCUCAUGUCAUGGUGAUUCGGGUGGCCCGUUGGUGAGCGCUGGAAAAUUGGUCGGCAUUGUUAAUUGGGGUAUGCCUUGCGCCAUCGGCUAUCCCGAUGCGCAUGCAAGCCCCUAUUUCUAUACGGAUUGGAUACGUCGCAUAAUGAGCGGUUCUACGAAGUGUUUUAGUUGAAUUAUUGAUAAAUGAAUUAUAUUAUUAUAAAAUAUAGUAAAAAUGUGAUACAAAUUCAAAAUACAAA